GAGCAGUGUUUUGCCUUACCUUCAGAACAAGUGACAGACGUACGGGAGGAGGGAGGAGAAGUUUUUUUUUCUAGCUUCGCCUUCUCCUCUUCAUCAUGGAGGCUCGGGCACAUUUUACUCGGGAGGAAAUCAACAGCACGGUGUGGGAAGUACCGGAGAAAUACACACGGCUCAAACAGAUAGGAACCGGGGCGUACGGCUCGGUGUGCUCAGCAAUAAAUGAAAAGACUACAGAGAAGGUGGCCAUCAAGAAGCUCCACAGGCCCUUUCAGUCAGAGAUCUUUGCUAAGAGGGCCUACAGAGAGCUCCGACUGCUCAAACACAUGAAGCACGAAAAUGUGAUAGGACUUCUUGAUGUGUUUACACCUGCCUCAGGCCUCAAUGACUUCCAAGACUUCUACCUGGUGAUGCCUUACAUGUUUACUGACCUGUCAAAGGUGCGAGGUCAUCUCUCAGAAGACAAAGUCCAGUUUCUCGUCUACCAGAUGCUCUGUGGACUCAGGUAUAUCCACAAGGCUGGAAUCAUCCACAGGGAUCUUAAGCCUGGAAACUUGGCAGUAAACCAAGACUGUGAACUGAAGAUCCUGGACUUUGGUCUGGCUCGCAGCACUGAUGCUGAGAUGACGGGCUACGUGGUGACCCGUUGGUACCGGGCACCUGAGGUCAUUCUGAACUGGAUGCACUACACCCAGACUGUGGACAUCUGGUCUGUGGGCUGUAUCAUGGCAGAAAUGAUCAAUGGAAAGACCCUUUUCAAAGGAAAAGACUACAUGGACCAGCUGACUCAAAUCAUGAAAGUGACUGGAGUACCUGGGCCCGAGUUCAUACAGAAGCUGGACAGUCCAGAGGCCAAAAACUAUGUUAAGGGCCUUCCACGUUAUCCCAGAAAAGACUUCUUAACGUUGUUCCCCAGAGCCAGUGUAAAUGGUAUCGACCUUCUGGAGAAGAUGCUGGUUCUCGAUGGAGACGAGAGGCCCACAGCGGAGUUGGCUCUGGAGCACCCGUACUUCAGCAGCCUAAGGGACCCAGAUGACUUUCCAGAGCCUGCGCCAUAUGAUGACAGCCAUGACAACGCCACCUUGUCCCUGGAUGAAUGGAAGCGGUUAUGUUUCAAAGAGGUGAAAAGCUUCAUUCCCUUCCCACGGCGUGACUCCAAGAGGAAAAACACUUUGACUAUGUCUCCAUGACCUGAUGAAUGUUGUGCCCCAACCAACACAGAAUACAGCCAAUGGUGCCCUUGUAUAUUCUAACCAUGGAUUCACAGUUUCUUUUAGCCUGGAUAUGUUUAGAUUUUGAGUCAGUGUUCAGAGGAGUGAUCAUUUUAAAACAUUUUUUGUAAUGUGCAGUUAUUUCUUUAUUGUAGAUUGCUCUUUGUGUUACACUUUCCCUAUCAGUGAAUUGUCUUGCAAAUUUAUUGUGACUAAAUAUCACAGGUUUUACUGUAAGAUUUACUGUAAUAUUGUUUUCCAAUUAAACAAUAAGACAAGAUAUGUAUGAAGUUAUUUUUUGCAGUGCUGCCUAAGAGAAAUUUCACCAAAAGAUUCUGGUCUAAUUUAGAUCAUUUAUCAUUAAAAUGAAUGCAGCCCAGAGGUGGAAAUUGCAUCUCUCUAUGUUAAUUAGCAGGCGAGGAGUUUGGAUAAAUCUGGGUUUUGCCAGCGAACACCCUGAAAACCCCUGACCAACAAAGGCCCCAGAAAAUCACUAUGUGAAUGUGCAAUAUGUCGCCAGUGUAUGUUGGAGUAUGUGACCAUGACAGUGUGCAUGAUGCUGAAAGCAACUAAUCCUUUAAUUCAUGUCUCUGCUUUUAGGGCUUGUGGUUCCAAUCUUCACUACUGUAAUGUCUGCCGUGCUCUAUCACUUCUUCACACUUGAACACAAUUCUAAGCCCAACCCUUAUGGGUCUGUCCAGCAUCUCGCAGCGUUUAAAUAUGUACUUGACUGGGCUGGUACAUUUAGAGGCUGCUGUGUGAUGUAUGAUUGCACAGAGGUUGUUCAUUAAGGUUAUUCUGUUUAAUUUGUUGUGUCAUCUGUUUUUUGGCAUCCAGGACAGGACAUCCUGCUGCCCUUGAGACUAACUUCAACCAUGUAAUACUUUAAAAUACAAUGCUGGUCUGUCACAUUUUCUAAAUGAAUGUGUGUGCAUGUGUGCAUAUGAACAGAAUAAACAUGAGAAUGAGCAUG